AUGGAUCGAACACUUGAAAAUAAUGUCUCUCCCCAGGUUAAAAUAAGUAACAAUAGAAAUGACGACAAUCAUCAGAAGAGAAGGGAUAGUAAUAGUACCCCACGUCUCCGCCGAACAGACACCACCUCAAGCAUUCAGUAUCGGAAAACAAAAGCUCGCGAACGACGUGUUUUCACUAAUCUACCCUUACCCAAAGAACUUUUGGAUCGCUCCGGUGAACCAAGAGCACGAUAUGUUUCGAAUAAGAUUAUCACGUCAAAGUAUACCCCCCUUACAUUUAUUCCGAAAAAUUUGUUUGAGCAGUUUCGGAGGGCAGCGAAUAUGUUCUUUUUGUUGAUGGCGGUGCUUGGAAUGAUCAAGGAAAUUCAGUCGAAUAAUCCCAUUUUGACUGUAUUACCGUUGUCCACUGUUAUUUUCAUUACCGCAUGUAAAGACGCCUAUGAAGAUUAUAAUAGACAUUCGAUCGAUGAUGCGUUUAAUAGCUCGAAAUGUUUUCAUCUUAAAAAUUUUAUCAAUGUUAAUUAUCCUUCCUGUACAAAACAAUCAUUCUGGAAAAGUUUAAUUAUUACCAUUAAAAAAUUAUGGUCUUCUUCACCGCCACCAUCUACCAAUACUCGGUCGACACAUAUCGACAAUAAUGCACCUCCUGCUACUGAUGAUGCUAAUAAUGAAAAAAUAGUAAAAGUAGUAGAUGAUGAUAAUGAUGAUUCAAUUCUAUUGCCUCCCUCUAAUGAAGUGAAUGGACCCCCAGAAUUUAAAAAAGUAAUGUGGAAACAUGUGCGAGUUGGCGAUUUUUUGUAUCUUCGCAAUGGUGACGCUGUUCCUGCCGACGCAAUCAUACUUUCUACUUCUGAGCCCGAAGGCAAUUGUUAUGUGGAAACUAAGGAUCUUGACGGGGAAACUAAUCUCAAACCACGUCGAUGUGUUGCUGAAACAAAAAACAUCAAGUCAGCAAAAGAUUGCACUCAGUUAAAUUGUUACAUUGAUUCAGAGCCACCAAAUUCAAAUCUUUUUUCCUACAAAGGAACUCUUGUGCUAGCAAAUUCGGAUUCAGUAAAGACAAGUAUUGCUUUGGAUAUCAAUAAUUUAUUGCUUCGGGCGCAUAUAAUACGUAAUACUGAGUGGGUGAUUGCCGUGGUGGUCUUUACUGGGGUUGAGACAAAAAUUAUGUUGAAUUCUGGUGAGACUCCGAGUAAACGAAGUCGGAUUGAAAAAGAAAUGAAUCGAGAAGCGACUUUAUCAGAUAAGACCCAUGGUGUGGCUACCUCGUUGUUAGACAGUAAUCAGUAUAAUGCCUUUAUUGCUAGUCUUUUGACUUUCUGUGCAAGCUUAGUUAUCUUUCAGAACAUAAUACCAAUCUCUCUGUAUAUUUCUAUUGAAUUCGUGAAAACAUUUCAAGCUUUUUUCAUAUAUAACGAUCUUGAUAUGUUUGACGAAGACUCACAAGCAACCUGUUGGAAUCUUUCAGAUGAUCUUGGUCAAAUUGAAUACGUAUUUUCUGACAAGACUGGUACCUUGACACGAAAUAUCAUGGAAUUUCGUCGAUGCUCAAUAGGCGGAAAAUUAUACGGAAAUAACGGAUGGGCCGGAAAAACCGAUGCAGAAAUAGGAAAAGAGCUAAUAACGCAGGGUGAAACAGCCAAAGUUAAUGUGAAUUCUGACGAGAUUUUCUGGGAAUAUAAAGAAGAAUUAAGAAAAGUUUUUGAGCCAAAAUAUGCAAGUACGAAUCGAGAUUUCUUGACAUUUGUUGAUCCAGAGAUAUUUAAGGAUUUGCAAGGUGAUGCAGAUGAGGGUUCUUCGUUGGAGGAAAAAGAUGCGAAUAAAAGAUCAAGAUACAUUAGAGAAUUUUUUACAUUAUUGGCUGUUUGUCAUACUGUGGUAGUGGAUCCGAUCUCUGAAAAUCUCUCAGAAGUACAUUCAGAACAACAAUUUGAAGAUGAGGAAGAAAAACAUGAUGCAUCCAUGGAUAUGCACAAAACAUCGUUAAAAAAUUUAAAAAACCGUAUUAGCAGUAGUCGUAUAGGUAAUAUGGUCAGAGGUCUAAAUGCAUCGCAUAUUGGAACAGAUACAUCAAGUGGUCCGAAAUCUAUUGCAAAAGCUCUGGAUGAUACUGUCGCUUGUCCACUCGCUUACAAAGCUGAAUCACCGGAUGAAGCAGCUUUAGUAUCUGCAGCCAAAAAUCUCGGAUUCGCUUUUCUGUCUCGCACUACCAAUUCGCUUACAGUAGACAUUCUUGGGAAUACCUAUACAUUCGAGAUAUUACAUAUCUUGGAAUUUAAUUCUACGCGAAAGAGAAUGAGUAUUAUUGUUAGAAGACCUAAAGAAUUGGGCGAUGAUAUUGUCUUGUUUUGUAAAGGAGCUGAUAGUGUCAUAAUAGAAAGAUUGGCAGAUGGACAGGAUGAUUUAAUUGACAAAAUUAAUCAUGAUAUCGAAGAAUUUUCUAAUGAAGGUCUAAGAACAUUAACUUUGGCAUACCGAAGUUUGGAGCCAUCAUAUUUUGAAUCGUGGGCUGCUAAAUAUCACGAAGCUUCUACUUCUCUUGGAAAUCGAGAGGAGCAAAUGGAUGCACUUUCUGAAGAGAUUGAAAAUGAACUUAUUUUAUUGGGAGCUACUGCUAUCGAGGACAAACUUCAAGAAGGUGUCCCUGAUACAAUAGCGUCACUAAGACAAGCCGGCAUAAAAGUAUGGGUAUUAACAGGCGAUAAACUAGAAACCGCAAUAAACAUUGGUUUUGCAGCACAACUAUUAACCAAAGAAAUGAAACUCUGGGUAGUUCGAAAUUCGCCACGUGAGGAAGUAAUUCGACAAUUUGACGAGGUCGUGGACUCGUUAAUCGGACAACACGGAAUCGCGAAUAGUCAAAAUGACGAAGAAUCAUUGCAAAAACAUGCGUUUGUCAUUGACGGGGGUGCGUUAGCUCAUCUAUUGGAUAAUGAAGCUUCGCGACAGAAAAUGUUGCAAGUUUCUGUGGUGUUUCAUUCGGUAGUUUGUUGUCGUGUGAGUCCUUUACAAAAGGCAUUAGUGGUUGAAUUGAUAAGAAAAGGCAAGAAGGUGGUUACUUUAUCUAUAGGCGAUGGCGCAAAUGAUGUUAGCAUGAUUCAGGCUGCGAAUGUUGGUGUUGGUAUUUCUGGUCAAGAAGGUGUCCAAGCUGCAAUGGCUGCUGAUUAUUCAAUAGCUCAGUUUAGAUUUUUAAAAAAAUUAUUGUUGGUUCAUGGUCAUUGGGAUUACAUACGUAUUGCAGAAAUGAUAUUAAAUUUCUUUUACAAAAAUGUCGUUUGGGUGUUCCCUGUGUUUUGGUAUCAAAUAUUCAGUCUAUUCUCGGCAAAUAUAUUCUACGAUUACAGUUUUGUGCAGUUGUACAAUAUGAUAUUUACGGUCGCACCUGUAGUUGCUCUUGGAGGAACUGAUCAAUCUGUGACAGCACAUUACCUAAUGCAAUAUCCGGGUAUUUAUGAAAUGGGAAUUCGUCAGUUGCGCUACAACCGACCGCGCUUUGCCUUAUACUUUCUCGACGGCAUAUGGCAAUCAAUAGUAGUAUUUUUCACAAACUACAUGAUAUAUGCAUUCUCAACAAAUGUAGUUUCACAUGACGGGCGUAACGCCGGACCAACUGAUAUGUCCACCGCCGUAGUAGUCAACGUCGUAAUAAUUGCAAACUUAUUCGUUGGGUUCAACACCUACCAUUGGACAUGGUUCAUGUUCGCCGCUAUCGCUGGCGAGAUACUUAUUCUAUUCGUUUUUAUUUUGGUCUAUGGAAUAUUCGAGAGCAGCCCCAUUUACGGAAUCGGUGACCAAGUGUUUAGCGAGGGCAAAUUCUGGUUCGGACUCGUUUUCGGGAUAUUAGUGGCUGGAUUGCCGCGAUGUGUUCUUUCUUUUGUUAAACAAUGGUGGUUCUCGGAUGACUUGGAUAUUGUGAGACAAAUUAAGACAAGAGAGAUGCAGAAACGUAAGGAGGAAAAGAGAAAGAUCCGGAAACUCGGCGAAAAAGCUGAUGGUGAUAGUAAACGUGCAGUAAUUCCUGAUAUUGUAUUGAAUGCAAGUUGA